AUGCUAGAGAGGAUUCUUGUGGAACACGAAAAGGAACCAAAGACGGAUGAAUGUAUGGAUAUGAUGGACGUCUUGUUGGCAGUUUAUAAAGACGAAAACGCAGACUAUAAAAUAACUAGGAACCACAUCAAGGCGUUUUUUGUGGAACUUUUCUUUGGAGGACUUGAUAUCUGGACGAACACAAUACAGUGGACAAUGGCCGAGAUCAUUGACAACCCUAUUAUUAAUGCGCGAUUGAGAGAGGAAAUUGAUUCAGUUGUAGGGAGCUCAAGGUUUAUUCAAGAAACGGAUCGACCUAACCUCCCUUACUUGCAAGCUGUCAUCAAGGAAGCACUAAGAUUACAUCCCCCAGUAGCUUUCAUACCAAGGGAGUUUCAAGAAGGAUUUAAUAUAGGAGGGUUCUUUUAA